AUGAGUGGCUGUCGCCGCGUCGCUGCUCGCUCAUCUCUGCCGAAGAGGUCCGGUCACACAUGUGUGGUGCGCACAUCGGUCUCGAUCCACGCUAGCAAUUCGUUGGACCUAGGCGUCGGUGGUCCGGUUCGCACGGUUCGCCACGGGCACGUAGCCAUUCUCGACGCGCAAGGCCGCCACGACGACGAAGGGGAAGAGGAGGACGAGGAGGAGCGGAAGGUGGUGGAGGGUGCGACGGGGCAGGAGGAGUGCAAGCAGCUGCUGCUUGCCCGCCACGAGCCGCGCGCGCUAGCGAGCGAGCGGCGCCCGAGCCAGCCGGCCGGAAAAGCGAGUCCCGGCCGCAAAGCCAGCGCCAGACUGUUCCGCUGCUGUUUGCCGUGUCGAGGCGACGGAGGAACCAGCGGCAGCAGCGGCGGAGGGGGCGGUGGAGGAGGACGGAGCGCGCGCAGUAGUGGUAGUGGGGCGAGCGGCAGCGACGGCCGGGAGGGACAGGCGAAGGAACUCACCGGCAGCCGGGGGCCGCGGGGGGAGGUGGACGAGCGCGCCGGCGUCGGCCGCGGCCGGAACCGGGGCGACGGCGUCGGUGGCGGCGGCGCCGGUAGCGGCGGCGGCGGUGGUAGGAGUGGAGGCGAGUUGCUGGCGGAACGCGGGAAGUCGAACGCCACUGGAGGAGGAGUGGGAGCGAGCCGCACGGUGGCCAUGGCGCUGGCAGUGACGCCUGAUGGCCAGCAGCAGCAGCAGCAACAGCAACAGCAGCAGGAGCAGCACCAGAGGGUGGCAGGCACUGGAGGGCGGAGGCUGCAGGCUGCCCUCGCCAAGCAGGAGGAAGACGACGAGGGCGAUGACGUAGAGGAGCUGGAGGUCGGGAGCGAGCAGCAGCGGGUCAGCGUACCGCUGGUAGUCGGUGGCGUCGACGCGGGGGCUGGAGCGGCCAGCGGUGGUCGACCGCCAGCACGUCACCAGCUCGGGGGACGGGGGCGAGCGGGGAGACACCGGGGAGGGUCCGCGCAGCAACAUCCCCAAUCGUUGCCGCACAUCCGCGAGGAGAGGAAGCGGAACGGCAGCUACGGGACGGUGUCCGGAGGUAGCGGUGGCGAGGUGAAGGAGGAGGACGAGGAGGAUAGCCGCCCCUCCAGGACGCUCACCGGCGAGGGCAGGGAGGAGGAGGUGGACGACGAUGACGAGGAGGAGGAAGAGGAGGAGGACGAGGACGACGAGGAGCAUGAUGACGUUUAUAGUGCGGACGAAGCGACCCUCACCGUGCCACUGACGCCACUGGCCACGACCCCCGGUUCGGGCAAGUACCUCCAGCAGGCGGCCAGUGGCAAACAGCACCACCCUCAGCCACCCCCGCCAGCCCACCCCAAGUACCACCGGAACCGGCGGCAUACACUAGCUAACGUUCGCUUCAUGGACAAUGCGGACGGAUCGGGCAGUGGACCGGCAAGUGGGGUGAUGAGCGUGGCGGGCGGGUUCACGAAUCGCCGCUCGCCCCUGCUCCUGCCGUCCGGCGAUGGUGGUCCCGGCGGUCCGGGAUCGCUCCUGUCCGCCGCCCUGCCCCAACGGCGCGAGUCUUUCCUGUACCGCUCGGACUCGGACUUCGAGAUUUCGCCGAAGGUGUCGUCGGUGUCGCUGCUGGCGGCGCGCUGUACAUCCGGAGCCUCGUCCUCGAACGCCGCCAGUGCAGCGAGCGGUGCUGGCAGCGGGGGAGCUAACACCAACACUGGGGCGUCCGGCGGUUCCGGGGCGCACAUGGGACGCGACAGCUCGUUGCAGCUGAAGGAACCGACGCUGGAGGAACCGUCCGUCGUCCAGACGUCGAUUACUUCGUCUCCGUCCAGCGGUGCGACCACGGUGAUCGGGUCCGCCACCACCAUGGUGACAGCUACCAGCACCGAGCGAACCACGGUCAUGAGUGGAUCGGGCGGUGGAGGCUCGGGAGGACACCACGACGAUCUGAUCGUCACCCCGUUCGCCCAAAUUCUCGCCAGCCUGCGGACGGUGCGGGCCAACCUGUACGCCCUCUCGUCCGCGCUGCCAGAUUCAGCUGAGGCUGAGAGCGACCAACCGCCACGCACCUCAUCCGAUGGGUAAGUUCCCGUGCGGUCAGCUCAGGAGACAGAUACCUUCACUGGACUGUUUGUUGGACGAUCCUUUUUUUGCAGCAAUGGCGGCGAGGAUCAGACGGAGGCAGAGAGCGACCUGCGGCAGCUCACCUCGGAGACGAUAGACGAGCUCGAGUGGUCGCUGGAGCAGCUGGAAACGGUUCAGACGCACCGCAGCGUCUCCGAUAUGGCCUCGCUAAAGUUCAAGCGACUGCUAAACAAGGAGCUGUCACAUCUAAGCGAAUCGAGCAAGUCGGGCAACCAGAUCAGCGAGUACAUCUGCACAACGUUCUUAGAUAAGCAACAGGAGCCGGAUGUGCCGUCCGCCCCGAUGUCGAUGGGAAGUGCCUUGAUUGGGCGCCAGGCAGGGGUCGCCGGCCGGAUGUCGGAGAUCAGCGGCUUCAAGCGCCCGCUGCAGCACACGAACUCGUUCUCGGGCGCGGCCGCCGGAGGCGUUGGGGCGAGCAGUCUGGCCGAGCGGCUGCCCCCGUACGGCGUACCGACGGCAACGGCGGCCGACGAGGCCGAGCUGGGCGCCCUGCUCAGCCAGGUGGACCAGUGGGGCGUGGACAUCUUCCGCAUCGGCACGCUCAGCGGCAAUCGUCCGCUUACCGCAGUGGCCUACACGGUGUUUCAGGAUCGCAACAUACCGCGCACACUCACCAUACCACCGACGGUGCUGCUGGCGUUCGUCAGCACGGUCGAGGACCACUACGUGGCCGACAACCCGUUCCACAACUCGCUGCACGCGGCCGACGUCACGCAGAGCACCCACGCGCUGCUGCACAGUCCUGCGCUGGAUGGUGUGUUUACACCGCUGGAGGUGUGCGCCGCCCUCGUUGCGGCCUGCAUCCACGACGUCGACCAUCCCGGCUUGACGAACCAGUUUCUCAUCAACUCUAGCUCCGAGCUGGCCCUUAUGUAUAACGAUGAAUCAGUAUUGGAGAAUCACCAUCUGGCGGUUGCCUUCAAGCUCAUGCAGAACGAUGACUGCAACAUCCUACGUAACCUGCCGAAGAAGCAGCGCGCCACGUUCCGCAAGAUGGUGAUCGACAUGGUGCUGUCGACCGACAUGUCCAAGCACAUGACGCUACUGGCGGACCUGAAGACGAUGGUCGAGACGAAGAAGGUGGCCAUCUCGGGCAACCAGGGCCCGACGGAGUCGCGCGGCAGUGGCGGCGGCGUGCUGCUGCGCCUGCUGGACAGCUACACCGACCGCAUCCAGGUGCUGCAGAACCUGGUGCACUGUGCGGACCUGAGCAACCCCACCAAGCCACUGCCGCUCUACCGGCGCUGGGUGCGCCGCCUGAUGGAGGAGUUCUUCCGCCAGGGCGACCGGGAGCGGGCGGCCGGCAUGGACGUGUCGCCGAUGUGCGACCGCCGCUCCGCAACCGUCGAGAGCUCGCAGGUCGGCUUCAUCGACUACAUCGUGCACCCGCUGUGGGAGGCCUGGGCGGAGCUGGUGCGUCCGGACGCGCAGGACAUUCUGGACCGGCUGGAGGAGAACCGGGCGUACUACCAGGCGCUCAUACCACCACCGUCGCCGCCAUCGCAGGAAAAAUCCGACCCGGAACCGGGAGACGCACCGGCGGCCCACUCGGGCAACCAGGGAGGAAGCGGGGACAGUGGUGAUGCCGCUAACAGCGGUGACGACGGUGACGGCGGACAGGCCAACGUCAGGACCGAGCAGGAACCAAUGCCUAUCGAUCCGCAGGCACUCGCCGCAAGGUUACGCUUUCAGAUGACAUUAGCAGAGAACGAUGAAGACGAGAUGGAAUUCGACAACGCCGGUUCGGAGCAGGAGCUUCAGUAACAAGCACACCUACACAUACACAAAACACACACACACACACCUGAUGGUUUGUUGCGUAGCGAAAACGAUACGAAUUUAUGCACCAGGAAUGGAAUGCAACCUUGAACAUCUCAGCCGCUUCGUCCGAUCCUUGCAGCCGGGCAGACGGCUCGCGGUACGGCUGAGGAGAGUGUACAGGGAUACUCGACAGACAAACUAAUAGAGGAGGCCCUGCGCUGUCGACUUUACGUUACGUUGUUGUUAUUCGAUUAAGGAUUAGCUUUCCGAUACCUCGUAGUACUCGAACCCCAAACUCCCAACUGUGCAGCAUCGGUCCCCCCCUCUCCCUUAUUGGUUACAGGGUUUUUUUCUCCUGCCGUCGUACUGACCACGGUCUAUCGAGCUGGCACUGGAGGCCCAGCAGCUGUGACAGAUGAGGAUGGUGACGGAAACACCACCAAAACAAUGCCAAGGGCAUGUAAAAGAAACAGUACAACCGAAGGAAGCUCCGUGAUGCUCAGCGCCCUUGAAGGGUCGACUACCGUUACCAAGGCACUAUAGUUACUUUAGAAGAAAAGAAAAAGGGAAACACACACACCUACACAAACACAAAAACACAUCCACAUAUACACUAUCACAGAUCACUAAUGUAGUUCAAGAUGUCUUCUGCUGGAUAGAAGAACGUUAACGUCCAAAAACCAAAAAAAAAAAAAGGAAAAGGAGAUGUGCUGGUAAGACGCGAGCGAAGUCCGGACGGUAAGAGCAUGUGCGGUUGUCGUCCACUCGGACAUUACAACGUUGGGUUUUGAAUCCUUCAACACGCUUACCUUGAGUGCGUGGGCCCUGCGGCGAUGAUGGAGUACGGACGAAGGAGAAAGCGCGACGGAAAGAUUCGGAUGCACACAGGACGCGGGGUACGGCGGCUAAGAGCAAUUGACAGAUCGUUAUACAAAACAGCCUUCUUCUGCGGGAAAGAAGAAGGCUCCUAUGGGUGUUAAACCGUACUCUAGUAAACCUUUGAGGGUAUUUUAAUUGGGAGCGCGGAAACGAUACGAACUGUCAGAUUUCUCGUCGCGGUCCCAUACAAAAGGUAAACAACACCUUUGAAAAAAGCGAAAAAAUGGCUAGCCGCGUCGUUUCGUUUCCGCGCAUCGUCUCGACACGUAGGUGGCGUCGUUUUGGAUCGUCGAGACGGCCAGCCAUUUUUUCGCUUUUUUCAAAGUGUUGUUUACCUUUUGUAUGGGGCAGUGUCGAGAAGUGUAUCGUUUCCGCGCUCCCAAUUAUAAUACCCUCACUUGUUAAAGCAAGUAAACAAAACCAACAAAUAACAGGAACAUACAGAGCAGAACUGUGCCAGAGGAACAGAGAUAUUUAACUUGGAAGUGGAUAGCUGCAGCAAACACAUUAGCUGAGACUAGGCGUUGAGGAACAUUCUGUAGGAACAGGCAGAUAGCAGACAAAGCUAUACACAGUGGUCAUUAUAUUUGUGUCAAUAGAAAUAUUUAAUAGAAUCGACAACAUGCUGCUUCUUCUGGAAAGAACAUAGCUGAAACUAAAGCCAUAAAACAAACAACAAAAUACAAAACAAACCAAAAAAACAAAUAAGUAAAUAAAGUAAAAUAAUAGUAAUAAUAACAAACAAGCCCUAGCCGAUUAUGUACCGACGCAGGAUAUUACUUGAGUACGACGCAAAUCAUGCAGGUUCGAGCGCUUCUACACAGAGUCGACUAUAGUAUAUAGGUACAUGUGUAUAGAACAAAACAUCUGCAUCUAGUUCCAGGAAAUCAAUGUUGGUUGUCUUACGAUUCUUCCGACAUGCAUGCGAGCAGCUAUACUUAGUGAAAUUGGAGCGAACACUGAACGGGAGGGUGGGGAAAACCCCCCCAUACCAAACAUAAAUGUAAAUCCAAAAGUCCGGUGUGGUGAAAAUAUCUAACACAAUUGUUGUCUAGCGCGAAGCAUUGUAUCAUAGACCCUAGAGUGGGACAAUGCAGGACGUUAGUUGGGUAGAACGGAAUACUACACAUAAAAAAAAGAACAUUUAAACAAACAGGCUUCGAUAACGAGAAAACGAGGAAUAGUGGCGCGUUAAGACGAAACACUACAAUAAAAGGAAAAUCUUAUGCUAAAACAAUCGGUCGCUGGGAAAAACGAAAUGAAACAGGGCUGGGAAAGAGCGUGAUUGAUACAAAAUCCUUUCUUCCCCCUUCCCCCCACACAUUCACAGUGAAGGAAAAUGAAGGCAAACACGCAGACGAACGCAGAGAAUAGGGAAAUGUAAAAUAUACUAUUUUGAAGAGGAAAACCUUUCCUUCUAGGGCGCGUUUCUGACGACCGCCAGAUUUGUGAUUUGUGUAAUUAUGUUUUUUUAAGACGUGGAAGGAGAAGGCGAAGAAGAAGAAGAUGAGGGAAAACCGUUACGAAACCGGAAACAAGAAAACACAAGAUGGAAAAGAGGCAUAAAAAAAAGCAGUUUGUAUCACCCGUUGUUUGUGUUAAAGUGGUGGUUCAGUUAAGCAUGUUAUUCAAAGUAUUACCGAAAGCGACUAGGUUACACGCCGGAGUUUUGUUUUGUGUUUUUUUAUGUAUAUAUACACACUUACACACACAUACACACACCCUGACACACAAAAGGAUAUAUGAGAAGCUGUUAAAGGCAUAUCUACCCACUCACUCAUAGAAACAAAGAGCUAGCAACAUGGAGCAGCAGAGGUUGUGGCGAUAUAUAUACAUAUUAUAUAUAUAUAUAUAUAUACAAAUAUACAUGCUAUGGAAAAAGAAAAUUGAAACAAUUAUCGAGACUAACAUAAAAAAGAGGAAGACGAAAAAAAGAAACAUACAAACAUUGCAUAAUAGUAGCAUAGCACAAGAGCGGAAGAAAAGUCCUUUUCGCUGCACUGAACGUUGAGAGGCAAUAAAGCAAAAAGGGAAUACUGGAAGCUGAUGUUGGGUAAAUGUAUACUUGUUGGAGCGCAAAUCGCGGCUGGAAAAGGCGACCGAGUGAGAGAAAAGGAAACAAUAUCAAUACAUCUAAGUACGGCCCAGAGGGAAGGCUGCUGAGAAGAGAAAGAUAGAGAGAGAGAGAGAGAGAGAGAAAGAGAGAGAAAACAACCGAGAGUGUGCGAAUGGUGAAAAAAGAAAAUUCAUAGAAGUUAAUUAUUCAAAUAAAAAUAUUUAUAAGAUCUCCCACCAUCAGGCAGGUCCUAAUAACCGGGAGUUAGCGAAAGCUCAGAACCAUACGUACACGAACACAUAAACACACACAAACACACACACAUACACACAUACACACAUGUGAAAGACAAAUAUCCUCUCCGCACCUACUACAUCCCUGUCUCGGCCUCCUCUGUUUCAUGCACAUUAUCCUUCCCUUCGAACUUGACAAACUAAAACCACCCAACUCGAAAUCGCAAAUCGCCGGAAGUUUGACCGAGGGGCUCACCUUCCAACUCGCGCGUAUACUCACAGUUGAACACUGGAAUUGCCACGCAAGGCGAAAUACAACGUUUAGGCACGGCCGGGUAAACCUAAUAAGAACGAAAAAGGCAAACAGAAAAAAAAACUAAACGAACGAGGACCUUUGAACAAUUCGCGCUUAACUCCACUGUAUAUCCCUGGUAUUGGAGCCACGGCCCUACCGUUUGCAAGUCCUUUUCUGUCAUCUUCGCGCGAAGAACCAAAGAAUAUACAUGGAGAUUGGCGGAGGAAUCCCCCAAAAAAAAGAAAGAAAGAAAAAGAAGCAUUAGCUGAAACAUGAAGAAAAAAAAAACACGACACCAUAACAAAGGAAAUAGAAGUUGUGCUGAGCAUAAAAUAAUCCAUGAAGAAAUGAAAUCGAAACA